AUGGGUUUGGACACUAGACUAGUGAAGGCCAUUGCUAAAUUAGGCUGGAACCACCCAACACCUAUUCAGGAAAAGAUGAUACCAUUAGCUGUUGAAGGUAAAGAUAUUGUGGUGAGAGCUAAAACUGGAUCUGAAAAACAGCCUGUACUGCUUUGUUGGAAAAGACCAGAUAUAGUGGUUGGAACACCCAGUAGGAUUCUCUCUCACCUCUCAUCACAGGUCAGCAACAUUAGAUUUAGAGAGAGUCUUGAAGUAUUAGUUGUUGAUGAAGCUGAUUUAGUAUUUUCUUAUGGAUAUGAAGAUGAUGUUAAAAAACAUUAUCAGUUUAUUUGUAGCUAUUUACCUCCUAUCUAUCAAGCUAUAUUAAUGUCUGCUACAUUAAAUGAGGAUGUGUUCUCAUUAAAGAAACUAAUCCUACAUCAAACCAGUGAGUGUGUAACUCUUAAACUUGAAGAGGCUGAUCUUCCUGAAGAGACUCAACUCACUCAAUACCAUAUAAGAUGCAGUGAAGAGAACAAAUAUCUGAUCAUUUAUACAUUACUUAAAUUAAAAUUAGUAAGAGGCAAGACUUUACUAUUUGUUAAUGAUAUCGCAAGAUGUUACAAAUUAAAAUUAUUUUUGGAACAAUUUUCUAUCAAAUCUUGUGUUCUCAAUUCAGAACUACCACACAAUUCAAGGUGUCAUGUUGUUGAAGAGUUCAAUCGAGAUUAUGAUUAUGUCAUAGCAACAGAUGAAGUCCCUGAAGUCCAAGGGAAUGAUCCAAAAAGUCAUGUCAGCAAAAAGAGACAUAAACGUGAUAGAGAAUAUGGGGUGGCACGAGGGAUUGAUUUUCAAGGAGUGGAAAAUGUGAUCAAUUUUGACUUUCCGCAGUCAACAGAUGCUUAUAUUCACAGAGUAGGGAAG